AUGAUAGACCUUCACCUCUCGACAUCCUUUCUCUUUUUACUUCUUCCGCUCACGUUCUUCUUCUUCAAAUCAAUCUUCUCCUCUUUAUUAAUCAAAUACCCUGGAAAAUAUACUCCGAUAUCUUACCCAUUGAUUGGAUCUUUGUUCCCUAUACUGCAAAACAGCCACCGGUUGAUCCAAUGGACGUCCGACAUCGUCAACGACAGCCCUACUAAAACCUUCUUGCUCCACCGCCCUCUCGGCCGUGUCCGUGUCAUCACCGCCAAUCCCGCCGUCGUUCAACACAUACUUAAAACCAGCUUCCACCUCUACCCGAAAGGCAAGGCGGCGAGAAACAACGGGUUCGAUUUACUUGGCGACGGCAUCUUCAACACCGAUGGUGAUGGGUGGAAGUUUCAGAGACAAGUUUCGAGUCAUGAAUUUAACACAAAGUCUCUGCGGAAAUUCGUCGAGCAUGUGGUGGACGUUGAGCUUAACGACCGUCUACUGCCGAUACUCGCCACCUCAGCCGCGACAGGAACCACUGUCCUUAACUUCGAAGAUAUACUUCAGAGAUUUGCGUUUGAUAACAUAUGCAACAUCGCAUUCGGAUAUGAUCCUGCUUACUUGAUGCCGUCGAUGCCGGAAGCCAUAUUCGCCACCGCGUUUGACGAAGCUGUUACGAUCAUUACCGGAAGACUCCGCACGAAUCUUCCAUUGAUAUGGAAACUUAAACGACUUCUGAACAUUGGGUCGGAGAAACGGCUUCGUAUCGCCGUCGGCGUCGUUCGUGAAUUCGCUAACAAAGUCACCAAAGAAAAAAAACUAGAACUGCAGCAAAAAUCAUCCCUCGAUUCAGUUGAUCUACUUUCUCGGUUUCUGAACUCCGGUCAUUCCGAUGAUAAUUUCGUCGCUGACAUAGUCAUCAGCUUCAUAUUGGCUGGAAGAGACACAACGUCGGCGGCGUUGACGUGGUUCUUCUGGUUGCUUCACAAGCACCCUAGAGUCGAAAUCGAAAUUCUCACUGAAAUUAAAAACAAAUCUGAAUACCCCAUUUAUAACGAAGUGAAAGAAAUGGUUUACACCCACGCUUCCCUAUGCGAAAGCAUGAGACUUUACCCGCCGGUACCCAUGGACGGGAAGCAAGCGGCGGACGACGAUAUUUUGCCUGACGGCACUUUCAUGAAGAAAGGUUGUCCAAUAACGUAUCACAUCUACGCAAUGGGGAGGUCAGAGGAGUUAUGGGGUUCCGACUGGGCUGAGUUCCGGCCGGAGCGGUGGUUGGAGAAGGAUAUUUCAGGGCGGUGGAUUUUUAAACCGAGGGAUGCUUAUGAGUAUCCGGUGUUUCAGGCGGGACCGAGAGUUUGCUUGGGGAAAGAAAUGGCGUUUUUGCAAAUGAAGAGGGUGGCGGCGGGUGUUUUACGGCGGUUUAAGGUGGUCCCUGUGGCGGGGAUCGAGCCGGUUUACGUAUCUUACUUCACGGCCAAGAUGAAAGGUGGUCUUCCGGUGAAGAUAGAAGAGCGGAAUGAGUAA